UGGUAAUUGGGGUUUUGUUGUAAGGAAUUAAAUAGUGGUAAACAGAUGGGGGAAGAUUUGAUGACAAGUUUGUCAAUUGAUAAUUAUCAACUAUCUACAUUCUUGUCUAUGGACUCAAUUGCAAUUGCUGCUGCUACCUCUAAUGAGGAUUCAGACAGGGAUAUGAAUAGGGAGAUUGUGAUUUCGAGGCCACCGGAUAUUAAUCUCCCAUUAUAUAUGGAACGUAGCCCUACUCCUCGUCCUCCACCACCACCUCUAUCUUGGAAUCAUGACGUGUUUGAUAUGAUGGAGGUUGGACUUGGAAACCAGAUUAAUGAAUGUUUUGAGCUUCUUGAUUUGCCUAAAGUUGGAAGGAAUUGUGAUAAGAGAUUGGAUAGUGUUUGGGGUGCUUGGUUUUUCUUUACUUUUUACUUUAAGCCUGUUUUGAAGGAGAAAUCUAAGUGCAAAGUUGUUCGAGAUAGUAAUGGGGUGUCGGGAUUUGAUAAGUCUGAUCUCCAGCUUGAUGUGUUUUUGGCUCAGCAUGAUAUGGAGAAUAUGUACAUGUGGGUUUUCAAGGAUAGGUCUGAAAAUGCGUUGGGGGAAAUGCAGUUGAGGAGUUAUAUGAAUGGACAUUCCAAGCAGGGCGAGCAUUCAUUUCCAUUUAGUGUUGACAAGGGGUUCAUCUGUUCUCAUAAAAUGCAGCAUAAGCAUUAUAGAGGCCUCUCCAAUCCGGUGUGUUUGCAUGGAAUUGAGCUUGUUCCAUCACCCAAUUUAUUGUGUAUUGAUGAGGAAGAGCAGAAGAAGUGGAUGGAACUUACUGGUAGGGAUCUCAAAUUUUCAAUACCACCCGAAGCUAGAGACUUCAGUUCAUGGCGGAACCUUCCCAACACAGAUUUUGAGCUUCAAAGAUCGAUCCCUUUGCCAAAGAGCAAUUCUCAUCUUCCUUCGAAAAAAUUGCUUAAUGGUUCUAGUCUUAACUUGUCAACUCGACCAUCAAACCAUGUGAACAGCAAUGGUUUAGAGCUCUCAUCUGAUUGUGGUAAGAAAAGGAAAGACUUCUUUUCUCAUGGAAGUGAUGAAGAUUGUUUCUUGUCGACUAAUCCCAGUUUAAACAGACAUCAAGAUGGACAACCACACACUAUUGCACCACCUUGGAUGAAUGAGUUUUCGGGGGUAAUGAAGAAUGUGUAUGGGCCAGCCGUUGCUGCAAAAGUUAUAUACGAGGACUCGGAAGGAUAUGUGAUUAUGAUCACUCUACCUUUUGUUGAUCGUGAAAAGGUGAAAGUUCAUUGGUGGAACAAUACUAAUCAUGCCAUCAUAAGAAUAACAUUUGUGUCCACGGCAUGCCCCCCAUUCAUGGUGAGAAAUGGUAGAACAUUCAAGCUAACUGACCCAUCUCCAGAGCACUGUCCUUGCGGUGAAUUCACAAGGGAAAUCUCACUUCCAACUCGAAUACCUGAUGAUGCGAAGCUAGAAGCAUAUUUUGACAUGAGUGGAGCUGUACUUGAAUUGAAAGUUCCCAAAUAUGGCACAACUCCAGAAGUGCAUGAAGUUCCUGUUUGUCUUCGACCUCCAAAUGAGUUUAUGUUGUCGUGAGAUAGGUAUUGAUUGCAGAAAGUGUAGUGUAGCCCAGAUAGUUAACUUCCAUUCUUUUCUUAGGUUAAGUUUUUAGUGGGAAAUUCAAUCAUUGUUGAAUUGCUGCUCAGUCAAGGGCCUCAUAGCUGAUGAUACCACCUUAUUAGAUCCUUUGCUGCUGCUCUUUUAAGGCUGUUCUGUAGCACUGCUGUGUCGCGUACAAUGUGAUGCAGAGCGAAG